AAGAUCGAAGCCAAUUUUAUUAUAAAUCUCCACAAAAAAGACGUUAAAAUCUUAAAACAAAUUAAAGAAUUUUUUGGUGGGGUCGGACGAGUAAGUAAAGAGAGAAACGGUUGUUGUGAUUAUACGGUAAGUUCUUUAGAUCAAAUUGCAUCCGUUAUUCUUCCUCAUUUUGAUAAAUACCCUUUAAUCACUCAAAAGCUUGCGGACUAUAUACUUUUUAAAGAAGUUGUUCUUAUGAUGAAGCGAGGUGAACAUUUAACAGUUUCAGGUUUAGAAGCUAUUAUGAAUAGACGAGCUUCUAUGAACAGAGGGUUAACUCCAGCAUUGAAAGAAGCUUUCCCUGAACAUGUCCCUGUGGAAAGACCUAUAAUCGAUGCAACUAAGGCCUUUCCAAUUGACCCUUACUGA